AUGAGUUCAAGUUGUCUUUAUGUGGACUCCCCUGCUCAAAUCGGUGAAAUUGUUGGGAAUUGUGGAUGUGUAAGGUUCGUUUCACUACUUACAUCGGUUGAAUCUAGGAAUGAGUUCUACUGUUUAGAAAUGAACAAUUUUGCAAUGGGGACACCAACUUCAAUACCAUAUCGACCUAUACUACCGAAGAGGCAUGCUGACAGUGCUAGGUCGGCAAAGAUGGUAAUUGAAUUGAUAUGCAAUUGGUACAAUCUCGAUAUACCAGAACUACAAAAUGGUAUCACUUUUAUUAAGAAUAGGAUUCAUACUCAAUGUCUUUGUUUUUUAGAGUGUAAAGUCCUUUACAUGGCUACCCCUUCUGAAUCAAGUCAAAAUCAACCGUUCGAGGACCCUUAUUUGGGGUAUUUGGAAAGUGUUAAACCAUUAUCUUUCACUCAAGCUCAAGAGCUGGCUCUUGAAGCAUCAACAGACGUGGGGAAAACCAUUCGUAGUAUCCUUCAAAAUUUACAACUCAUGCACCAAAACGGUUCCAUCGGUUUUAAUUCGAAUUUAAUCCAACAACAACAACAACAACAACAACAACAACAACAACAACAACAACAACUACUACUACUACAAGAACAAUCCGAGCCUAAACAAGUUUCACAGUCAACGCAACAAUCAAGUAUCUCAUCUCAAUCCGAAAACAAUCAUUCUAGGACAUCAACCUCAAAUGGUUCCCACUAUCAAAAUAGUUUCAGAAGUAUAAAUUCUGGGAGUAACAAUACUCCUACAACACUUGCCUCUACAAAUCCGAUAUUUCCGGGAAAUAGAUUGAUUACAGUCGAAUCUCAACUCGAUUUUAAUUCUAUCAAUACGCAGAAUGAUGAGUUAUAUGAAGUAGAAUUAGAACCAACACCAGAACCUAAACGUAAAGAAAUAAUAAGGACAGUUUCUUCACCAAUGGGCAAAUCAUCAUCUUUCCUAGAAUCAGGUCCAUCUCCACCUAAGCGGCUAAAGAGAUCAAGAACAAGAAUCGAUCCAGCAAUUCUCAACGCAGAAGAAAGCGAUAUUUUUGAGCUCAAGGGAAGAUUCAUCGCAGUGCAUCCUUUGGAAAAUUUGAUAUAUUUUCUUCCAGAAGGAAUUGAAACACCUUCUCACCUAUCUCCUGGAAUCAAUUGCAUUGAAAUAUCAUCUGAGGCUAUGCCACUAGAAAAAGAAUAUACUAUCGAGAUCGAAAGAGUGGAAAAACCACUCUUCGAUGACAAGUUUACUCUACAAUGGAUUCUUAAGUCACCGGAACCGGAAUCAGAACCACCAAGCGGAAGGACUAGAGAUCAGCUCAUCUGGUUUAAAGAUCUAAAAAAGCAAGAUGAACAUUAUGUGAGAAUGAUAGCACUAUUGGUAUCUUCGGACCCCAAACAAAAAGGCAAAUUCGCUUCAGUAAUAUUUACAGAUUUCACCAAAAAUUCUGUAAGACAAUAUCCUUUAUUUGAUAAAUUUGUGGUCCACUACGAAAAAAAGCUAGAUGAGGAUGAAGGAAUAAGAACCUUAAUGUAUCUUGAUCGUUAUCGUGAAUUUGGUAAAAAGAUUCAAAAUGUCUAUAACAAAACACUCGAUCAAACCUACGCUCCAGACACUAUAAACCAUAGUGCUUCCCGAAUCGUAUGUGUCUUGACACUCAAAACUAAAAUGUAUCGCGGGUCACUAAAUGCCGUCGCCUAUGGGUAUGAGCCAAUUCAUGCCGGUAUGACGUUGACUUUAGAAGAACGUAGACACCUUUUCCAACUCUAUCAAAAAGCCAUCGAUACUCGCAAUGUACACUUGCUUGGUGAUAGAAUAUCACCCUUCCAUGUCCCUAGUAUCAACGCCGACAUUUCAGACUAUACUAUUAAACAUUGCAGCAAUCUAGAAGAACUUGAAAAAGCCACCGACGAUUUUCUGGAGACGAACUCGUCAUCACAAAUUUCGUCAUCACUUCAAUUCGAUCAAGAGUGCUUUUCGAUCAAUGCCAAAAUUCUAUACUUUUUCACCAAUGACAAUCCAAUCAACCAUUGGUCCUUACUAGUCGCAAUCGAGGAUAACAGUACCAAGACAAACGUCAUUUCGGGUGACCAUCGGUUCGUGGACCCUAGAAGCAUUCUACGCAUAGAAAUUUUCGGCAAAGAAAACUUAGAAUACUUCACAGCCAGUCAAUUAUCUAAAACUGAUAGCAUCCUACAACAAUUGGAUCAGUACCGGGGUAGAACAUGUAAACUACGGGUAAAAAGGGGCUACAUUACACUAAGAUCGCAGAUCGCAUUACUUGUAUGGUGUCCCAUUGAACUAACUCUCGAAGAAUUAGAAGUAAAGCUGGAAGAAAGUUAG